GUGAUCCGGAUUUAUCCACUUUGACCUUCCGGCCUUUCUAGCUGCAAGGUCGCUGCAAUCUCUAAAUUAUGAAACGCUGUACCCCGGUUUUUUUAGUGGACUAAUGGCUGCCAGGUGUUUCCUGCGGUGCAUUGUGGUUCCUCAGUCCCGGUUGACAGUGAGAGGACCACAAGUACCGGGGUUGACAUUGGUUCGCUGCUGGUGUCGACUGCGCUCCAGUGUCGUGGAGGGAAGAACAAGCCUGGUGACGACAAGGACAGACAGUCCAGAUGAGAGUUUCACACUGCUGCCCCGUGGCAUCCCGGCUGACAAGGAUGAAAUACUGAAUGAAAUCAACAAUGUCCUGUAUGGCAAGCCAGCCAACAUCCAAGCCCGUCAUGGUAUCCACAGUCGUCUGGAGACCCUGGAAAGUGUGGGGUGCUCCCUCGACGACAUCCACAACAACCCUGACGUGCUGCUUCUCACCGAGGUACAAGUGUUCAAGGCGGUCCAGAAAUUACGCAAAUGGCAUCUGGAUGUAAACGUGGAAAGUGUCAAGAUCGCUCAUCUGCGCUCAAGAGGAGCAUUUCAGAAGCUGGUCCAAAAUCACCAGAAAAAGGAGAGGUUUGAAAUUGCAAAACUGUUGCAAUGUUCAGUGGAAGACUGCGAGACACUAGGGAAACAGUACCCUUUCCUGAAAUCUGAAACUGCGGAACGACUCGCACCCAAGAUUGACUAUCUUCUCUCUACUGGCAUCACUCUGGAUGAAGUACGGGAAAACUGCUUCAUCCUUAAAAGGAAGUUGGACGAUCUUGCUGAAGUAGCAGCUGGAAUUCAGAAAAUCCAGUGUGGCAAAGUGGGAAUGUUUGACAAAGAAUCAAAAGACCUUUUUCUCGACACCGAAAAGUUACUUCUUUAUGCAAGAGAAAAGACUGAUAAGAAGCAACAACGAUGUGAACACGUUGCUCGGUUAUUACAAGUAGAUAUAUCCCAGCUGGAUGUGAAAUAUUGUGCGGUGCCACUGAAGACAGUCUUGCAGAAAAUAGUAUUCCUGCUGGACCAGGGCAUUAACAAGAAGGAUCUCCUGAACCACCUCUACCUCAUGCAGAUCAGUCUCUCAACCCUACAACGAACUGUCCAGACAGCGCACAACGUGGGUCUGACUAAAUUCACUGCGAUGUCUCUCAUCAACAUCCUACAACAUAGAACAAUUUCACCCAAACCAGGCAAAGCCAGACACCAUAAUUUUGUAGCCCGUCAGCUUGAUUUGCCCAAAACUGUAUUUUCAAAUUUGGGACCACGUUCGAAUCUCGUUUUCUCACGGGACAAAGCGAUAUUAAAAGCAAAUAUUGAUUAUCUGAAGGGUAAUGGGUUCUCCAGUAGAGAUAUUCAUGAUUGUGUGUUGAUUAUUGGUCAUGAUCCCGAUGUGUUGAAGUCGUACCUGGAAUCAUUGUCUGAGCGGCUAGAGGUCCAGCCGUAUGAGAUCGCAGACAAUGUGGUGGUGUUAAAUGCUGUACAGUACUUCAUAGAGAGAGAUGGGAACUUCAACUGCAAGGAACAGCUUAGUGAUGUGAAGGAGUACGUGGCCCCUGGAUGCAUGGCCGACCCGCACGAGGAGGACUUGUCUUAAUAGACACUGAUGGAUCUCGAAUUGGGGCAUUAGGUUUGAAUCCUGAAUGAUAGAAAAACAUGUUUUCUUGUUUUUGAAAUACUUGCGAAGAUUGUCAAACUCCAAAGCAAAACACACACACACACACACACACACACACACACACACCAAGCAAGCAUACAUACUGACACAUACCAUGGUUAAAAUUCCAAUGUGUACACUGUGGAUGUCAUCGUAUAUCGUGAUAUUGAUGUAUCGCUACAUUUUUAUGUUGAUGCUGUAUCAAAACAAAUUUGUGAAUGUUGAUACCAAAUUAAUAACUCACUGCCACAGAACGUUUAUGUUUAUUGAGGACAGUUUGAAGGCCGAAAAUUCAAUGUUAAACAAUUAAAGGAUCAUCCUAGUUCAUACAUUACAACAGCAUUAAAUUGAUUAAUUGCAGAUCUACAGAGGUAAUUUAUAUCUAUACACAUACAGAAUACUGAAUUAUGUCUAACUCUUCUUACUCUGUUCACUGGCAUCAAUGACCAUCCCCCUCCCAAGAGCCUGGUUGGCUUUAGACUUGCUAUUUCAGUGUACCAGGUGCGUGUUUGAUGAAUGAGUUGGGCUGGGGGUCCAAACUGAUAUUAAUGUGUGAUCUCUUGUCAAAAAUAGGAACAUUUACAGGGUAUAGUACUGAAAAAAGGUGAUAAAAAAUAUUGACAUCUCA